UUUUUUGCGAGAAAGAUUGAUUUGAUAUCGUGUUGUACUUGUGCAAAAAUUUACUUUUAGAUAAACAUUUAUUGUAAACAUUUAUUUUGCAAAAUAAUAAAAUAUAAAUUAUUAUUUGUUACAGACCAAGAUGCGACUCUGCGAUAAAAAAUGCUGACAUGCGUCAUCCCCACUCGUUCCCACGAAAUUCUCAAUGAGAGACUAACGAUAAUUCUUUUAUUUCAAUGUACAUAUUCGAAAUGGAUGGACGCGUCAGCUCGCUCAUCAUCCUUUUACUUUGCUCGUUAAUAAAUGCGAGAGAUGCGGAUGUGAUUAGACGAAAGAGAAUUGUUGGCGGUAUUUCGGCCGUGCAACCUCCCGAAGAUGAUCCGGUAGUUUUUGUGAAUAAAAACGGCCGAGAUGCGCGUAUUAUCGGCACCCGCGAUCCUGACAAAGGAUUUUAUACUUUUCGUGGAAUUCGAUUCGGGCAGCCACCAAUUGGCCGAGCCAGAUUCCAGCGAGCUUCGCCUGUUUAUCUCGAAGGAGAUUACAAUGCUACUAUGUGGGGUCCUCCUUGUCCUCAGCCCAGCUACGAUGGAAUCGAUAAAACUAUUGGAAGCGAGGAUUGCCUCUUUCUGAAUGUCUUCACCCCAUCACUUCCAGAUAUCAGCGAUGGUUAUCCUGUAUUGGUAUGGAUUCAUGGAGGUGGUUUCAGAAGGGGUGCGGCAUGUCAAUAUGAAAUGAGACACUUGAUUAAGAAAAAGCUGGUUGUCGUGUCUAUUCAGUAUAGAUUGGGGACCUUAGGAUUUUUGAGUACAGGUACACAGGAAAUGCCGGGAAACAAUGGAAUGUUCGAUAUGGUGCUGGCUAUCGACUGGGUAAAGGAUUACAUACAUUUCUUCGGUGGUAAUCCAAAGAAAAUAAUAGCCUUCGGCCAUGGAACCGGCGCCAGUUCUGCUAUGAUGUUGUCAUUAUCAAAAUUUUGCGAAAAUAGCUUCCAUGGUUUGAUCGCGAUGUCUGGCUCCGUCUUAUCUCAUUUCGCUAUUGAUGAAGAUCCCUUCGAAACCGCUAGAUACGUAGCGCGUAAAAACGAUUGUCCGACGAAUGACAGUCGCAGAAUGGUGGACUGUCUGCGAGAAUUGCCAGUUGAAAAAUUGAUCGGCAGCGAUUCCGAGUUGGGGAACAUUCGUGCGACUGCCCGAGGUUUCGUCUCUGGCUUAGCCAAUCUGCUCGGACCUGGUCCUGUUAUAGAAGGUCCCGACGACGGGAGAUCGCUUCCGAACUUCAUGACCGCAUCACCAGAGAGUUCCUUGAGGCUUGGCAAUUUUCCGUCUAUACCGCUAUUGACGGGAAUUAUGAAAGAUGAAACGGGAGGUGCCAUUUUCGGCCAAUACAGGGACGAAGUACAGAACAAAUUGAACACAGUCCCAGAUUAUUUGAUUAGCGAUGUCAUACCAUAUUUGCAAAGAACUAUUCCAAAUAUGCAGAAUGGAUCACGGUUCAUUCCGCAAGCUUUCCGCGGCUAUCUCAACAUAUUCCAAAGUAACGGCAAGCUAGAUACUAUGGAGAAAAUUGCGGAAGCUUUGGGCGAUUCGCUCUACAACGCUCCCGCAUUUUUGACUGUCGACCAGUGGUCUAAAAAAGCAAAUGCGUUCUUAUAUACAUUUGAUCAUAAGGGAAAAAGAAAUUAUGGUAAAGAUUUUCUCACUGGAUUGCCAAUCGUCGACGCUAAACAAUCCUCGGAUGGUAAAUUAAAUCACGGCGACGAUCUAGGAUUCAUCUUUAAUCGAAACACAAUUACUGGCGAAAAAGUAAGCGAUAAUGGAGAACCAGAUGAAGAAGAUGAACGUAUAACUGAGAUUUUUACAGACAUGAUAGCAAAUUUCGCGAGGAGCGGCAUGCUUAGCGUACCUACUACAAACGUGUCUUCUAAUGACAGUACUUGGGUACCAAACAUAAUCCCAAGAUUCUCAGACGAUAGCAAUUCCUUUGUCAGUAUCACGACAGCUCCGAAAAGCAUGAAUAAUUUUAGAUAUUGUGAAAUGGGAUUGUGGACGGUCAUACCGGAACGAUUACAAUCACCAAUGUGCAGUUUGUAUAAAGCACCUUUCCAAUUAAUAGAACAAGGUGCUAAAAAAACAAUUUCAGUAAUUCAGAAACCUAUCGAUACAUUCAAUGAAUUUGUUCCUGAUCUCAAUCUUGAUAUCGAUAUUGCAAAUAAAUCCACAGAUCAAUAUAUUGAAGAUUCAAAUAAGGAGAAUAUGCAAAAGAAAACGAAUGGUGGAUUAUUCCCAAAAGCACUUUCUAUACCAAUCAUCGGCUAAGUUUUUUUUCAGAACUCAUUUAUUUUAUAUGUGCUUUUUUAUUACAAAGAUAAAAUAAAAACAUCUAA